AUGGUUCUGGAAGAUGGGUCAGUAACUUUCGACAAGUCCAAGGCCAAGACGGCCCCUACCGGCUGCUUCACAGUUGUUCAGCCCACUGGCUUCAAUGCGAGUGACAAUUUCGCCUUUGGUCUUGCCCAAAAGGACAACACUGGUGGCGAAACCCCCAAGUCAAUUACCUUCUGCAGGCGUCUGGAAGCCAUGAGCAGGGAGCUUCAAGAGCUCCGUAAUCAGAGAGACGAGGAUCACCCAUCUUCAAGGACGGAGUCGACUGCCGAUUCCGGCCCGUCAACGGUUGAGGAUGACGGGCAGGAUGACUUCUCACUGAGUGUACCCGCAGUGAGCCUAAAUGGGGUGCUGUUGGAUUCUUCGAUAGCCACCGAAACAAUCAAGACGUUUGCCGAAGUGUUUCGUCCACAACUUCCGGUCAUUGGAUCGCUGUCGGCCGACGACACGUAUCAGUCUCAACCAUUUCUCUUCUGGACGAUAGUCAUUAUUAUUGCGUGCCACUUGCCCGGGCAACAAUACGCCGAGAUGCUCCAACUACUCCAGACGCCGUACACCACCAUGCUUCACCAACAAAUUCUUGAUGCCCCUCUACCUCUUCACAAGAUACAGGCUUUAUUAUUACUGUGUCAUUGGCCGUUACCGUGCGAGACGCAGACAAGAGAUCCCAGCUGGCUCUACUGCGGAGUUCUCAUUCAGGCAGCUCGGUUCAUGAGUCUGGACCGCCAGCAGACUGUGCCGUCGCUCCGAAGUCUUGGUGUUGCUUCGGGUAGCAUCAGAGCAAGAAUCAAUACCUGGCUAGGUUGCUUCUGCGUAUCUACAUCGUUGAGCUUGCACUUGGGACUGCCUCCUCCGAUCGAUUCAGAUCUUGACUUUGGCAGUAUCCACUCGUUUCUCAGAAGACAAACGGCACCACCUACCUUUGCCAUGCAAGUUCGCGUCCAGCUCAUCGUGGCAAAGUUUACAUCCCUGCUGAACCACGACAUGGGUGAAGGUGCAAGCUCCUCCUUUAUCAGACUUCUUGAUACCGAGCUCGAUGCGCUGAGAGCCGAAGUAUCUCUUGAAGAUGAACAAAUGAGGGCUGUCGAGCUCGGCAUUCUGGGCGCCAAGAUGCACCUCUACGCCUUGGUCAUCACCAAAGAUUCAAACAACUCCUCGUCGCGGCAAAUUAUGCUGAGAACUGCCCGCGACGUCGCGCUUAGGAUCAUUCACAUAUCAACUUUGGCCAUGCGGAAUGCCCCGCCUGAUGGGAAUGAUCAAGAACUCAUUCGAAAACAACGGUGUCUGCCAAAGAAUCAUUACAGGUGUCUCGCCUUUGCCACAAUAUUUCUCCUGAAAUUCUUCCAUCGUCGCGGAUCCGAUGUCCCAGAAGAGAGACAAGCUGUUGCAAACCACAUUUCAAUGGCUCAGAAUCUCUUCAAGGCUUGCGCAACGGAGCCACUAGACGAAUACAACCGAACGGCAAGGGUGUUUGAGGUCCUUGGACGGGAAAGCCCAAAAUCAAUUGAACCAGACGCACUACGUCUUACUCACAGAAUGGGCGUGUCGAUAGUCUUUGACGCCGUGAGCAAUGCCUCUGAAGCUCGUGGGAAGCCCGUGGAAAUCCGUGAGAACGAGACAAUCCAGGAUGAGGGAAUGUCCACAGGAUCCAGGGUCCAUGAACGGCUGUUGAACCAACCGGCGGUUGAGCUGGAUCAACCUGAUACAAGCUCGGAGUUUCUCAGGGGCUUUUGGAGUGAUCCAUAUAUGAGCUUGCUGUCCUUUGAUCCAACACCACUUGAGUCGGAGUAUCAAGAUUCUUGGCCAUCAUUCUGA